GGUUGCAACGUCUCUCUUUUUCCAUAUACAGAGCGGAGGGAGUGAAGUGAAACACCCACAGACACUCUCUCUCUCUCACUCUCACUCUCAAUACACACGUUAUGGAAGCAAGUCACAGCGGGAUGGGAGAUCAGGCCGAAGAUGGACGGAAAGUUCCAAAUUUACCGAUUCCGGGGAAGAGGAAUAUACUGAUCACGAGCGCUUUGCCUUAUGUGAAUAACGUCCCUCAUCUCGGAAACAUUAUCGGCUCUGUUUUGAGUGCGGAUGUAUUUGCUCGCUAUUGUCGUCUACGCGGCUACAAUACAUUAUACAUAUGCGGGACUGACGAGUACGGGACAGCAACUGAGACAAAGGCGAUGGAGGAGAAUUGUACUCCACAGCAGAUUUGUGACAAAUACCAUGCAAUUCAUAAAGAGGUAUACAAUUGGUUCAAUAUAAGUUUUGAUGAAUUUGGACGUACAUCAACGCCCCAGCAAACUGAGGUCUGCCAAGGAAUUUUCAGGAAAUUGAUGGAGAACAACUGGCUUUCUGAAAAUACAAUGCAGCAGCUUUAUUGCGAUACUUGCGAACGUUUUCUAGCUGAUCGGCUUGUGGAGGGCACCUGUCCAACGUUAAAUUGUAAUUAUGAUUUUGCUCGUGGAGAUCAAUGUGAAAAGUGUGGGAAGUUGUUGAACCCUACAGAAUUGAAAGAUCCUAGAUGCAGGGUAUGUCAAACAACUCCUCAAAUCCGCGACACUGAACACUUGUUUCUAGAGCUGCCACUGCUGAAGGAUAAAUUGGAAGAGUAUAUCAACAAAAUGUCAGUUGCAGGGUCUUGGAGCCAGAAUGCCAUACAAGCUACAUAUGCUUGGCUUAAAGAAGGACUAAAUCCCCGUUGUAUUACUAGAGAUCUUAAGUGGGGGGUUCCUGUUCCACAUGAAAAAUUUAAGGAUAAGGUGUUCUAUGUGUGGUUUGAUGCACCUAUUGGAUAUGUGUCCAUUACUGCAUGCCAUACGCCUCAUUGGGAGAAGUGGUGGAAAGACCCUAAUAACGUGGAGCUGUAUCAGUUUAUGGGCAAGGAUAAUAUACCAUUCCACACUGUAAUGUUUCCUUCUACACUUCUUGGAACUGGAGAAAAUUGGACAUUGAUGAAUAGCAUCAGCGUUACAGAAUAUUUGAACUAUGAAGCAGGAAAAUUCUCCAAGAGCAAGGGAGUAGGAGUUUUUGGAAAUGAUGCAAAAGAUACAAACAUUCCUGCAGAAGUGUGGCGAUAUUACUUGCUAAUUAACAGGCCGGAGGUAUCAGACACAUUAUUUACAUGGGUAGACUUGCAAGCGAAACUAAAUACUGAGUUGCUGAAUAAUUUGGGCAAUUUUAUCAAUCGAGUCUUGAGCUUCAUUGCCAAACCUCCAGGAGAAGGAUAUGGGUGUGUCAUUCCUGAUGCUCCAGCUGCAGAAUCACAUCUAUUGACAAAGACAUUGGCGGAAAAAGUUGGUAAAUAUGUUGAGGAAUAUGUAGAAUCCAUGGAAAAGGUUAAACUAAAGCAAGGACUUAAAAUUGGAAUGAGCAUCUCUAGUGAAGGGAACGCGUAUCUGCAAGAGAGCCAAUUUUGGAAGCUUUACAAGGAAAAUAGAGCUUCCUGUUCAAUAGUUGUAAAAACUUCAGUGGGCUUGGUUUAUCUACUUGCAUGUUUGCUAGAACCUUUCAUGCCAUCAUUUUCUCUUGAGGUACUAAAGCAACUUAAUUUGCCUCCUGAAACACGACUUUCACUUUGUGAUGAAAAUGGAGAUUUUGGAAGGGCAAGAAAACCUUGGGAGAUUAUAUCCACUGGUCACAAAAUUGGGAAACCAGAACCUUUGUUUAAGGAAUUGAAAGAUGGAGAUAUUGAGUUUUUUAGGAAGAAGUUCGCUGGAAGUCAAGCUGAUAGGAUUCUAAAGGCAGAAGCUGAAGGAAAAAGUACAGGUGAGCCUCCAGAGAAAACGAAAAUUUCAGGUUGACAGUUGGUUGAUCCUCCCCAUUCUGCUGUAGUAGGAAGAGGGUUGCUGGUAGCAUUAUAUAACUCUAAAUAAUACGGAACAUUGCAACUGGACCUGCGCUAUAGAAAUGUGGGUGUGUCUGCAAGGUUUCAUCAAUGUCUAAUGGAUCAGUAAAGUAUUAAGAUUCAAGGUGUUGUGAUUUACUCUACUUUAUACUGUAAGAGACAUCCUUCCCUGAAAGGAAUGUGUGUAAAUAAUACUUUUUAAGACAUAAUAAUUAAUAUAAUAAAACAUGUAUCAGUUCUAAUUA